AUGGGCUGGUUCUGGGCCGACGCGUCUCCUGCUGCGGCCCGCACGCCCAGCGGCCAUCCUCCUGCAGCAACAGGCAAGACGUCACCAUCUCGACCCGGAUGUCCGAUGAACAAGAAGACGGUCGAUACGUUGAACCCUUAUUCUCACGAACACAAGCGCACCGCCCCGGGCCCAUCAGCUUCGAGCUGUCCCGUGCCGCACGCAUCACGAACCGGCGACGAGAAGGCUAAGUCGGUCCUGUCGCAACUCAACCCCCUCAACUACAUGUUCCCGGAUCUAUCGCAGAAGCCGGCGCCGAACCAGGCCAUUGCUCUUCCCACGUCGAGGGAGGAGUCGACGAUACCCAAGGGAUCUGGUGACGGCACAUGGGAGUAUCCGUCUCCGCAGCAAAUGUACAACGCCUUGCUUCGCAAGGGGUACACCGAUACGGACGUUACCGCCGUCGAGUCCAUGGUGUCUGUGCAUAACUUUCUCAACGAGGGCGCAUGGGCCGAGAUUGUGGGCUGGGAGCAACGAUUCGCCAAGGGGCUGUACCGUGGAUGGCAGGUUUGCAAACGCGGAGAGGCGCAUGCGCCCGAGGAGCUGGAGCGACAUUGGGACGGAUCAGAGAGCGAGCCGACCCUCAUCCGAUUCCAGGGCAGACCGAAGGACCUGACGCCCAAGGCAACGAUGCUGCAGGUCCUAGGCUGGAUUUACCCAUCCAAGUUUGACACCGAGCCCCCCUUUGAUCGACACGACUGGUACGUCUCUCGCGAAGUAAACGGCGAGAAGAAGGAAAUCCGCUAUGUCAUCGACUAUUACUCGGGAGAGCCCGAGCCGACGGGCGAACCUGUCUUCUACCUUGACGUCCGACCAGCGGCAACACCUCUGGGGUCGGCCGAGCGAAUCAUUCGAUGGGGAAGCGACGUGUGGUGGAAGGCAAUCGGCGGCGACAAGCGCGAGCAGGAUCCGCAGCCAUUUUUCCGACACAACUCGGCAAAACCUUGGGGCUGA